GCACAACAUGACGUUAUUUGCCAACUGCCAAAAAAUAACACCGAAGAAGAAGAAGACCCACGUGUGAUAAUGUUACGAAGUGAUUUAUAAUAGUAAAAUGGGGAAGAAUAAAACAAGCAAAACCAAGGAGGCAGAAAAACAAGCGGACAAGACCGGUCACAAUCUGAGCAAGAAGAAAUUUAAAGGAGAUGGAAAACCUAAGAAAGCCAAACAGGAGGACCACCUUAAACACAUCCCUUUCAGGCUCCGAGAGGUAAUGAAGAGCAAGGAUAAAAUGAAAACCGAAUCUUUGGGGAGCAAAAAGCUAAAAAAGGCCAUCUCGCUGCAGUCUAAACCAGAAGAUGCCCUGGAUGGAGACAUAGCUGUUCCUCGUUUCAGGAGGGGGAAGAAAGAAAGUGUUGGUGCCUAUAAGCGCAUGGAGAAUGAGACAAAACAUGUGCUCUUCCUCACAAAAAACCAAGUUGAGAGAAAGCCUGAGCUUGAUCUGGAUAAACAGGAUAUGCCUGCAGGCAAAGGGAAGUCAGAAAAGAAGAAAGAGUAUGCUAAAAUGAGACUUAACAAGUUACAGCAGAAGAAGUUGGACAGACAAGAGGACAAAAUAGAGAAAGAGUUGUUUAUAGAUAAUGUUCCAUUUGGAGAAGUUUCUAUGGCCCCACCAUCACUAUGCACCAAACCAAAGAAAGCUCCAUUUAAAACUGAGAAGGCAUCAAGGGAACUACUUCUCAACUCUCUGCUGGGCCACACCGUAGCCUCCAGAGCCAAGCCCUCCAUGGCCAGACAGAGACUGAUGGAGGAGGAGAGGCAGCGAGCGGUGGAGGCCUAUCGCCUGCUGAAGAAACAGAAACAGCAGGAGCAACAGACCAGAUCUGCCAACCUUGGAAAACUCUUGAAUCUUCAGUGAUGUCUCAUGCCACUCAAAUCAGUAUAAUUACCCAUCUCCAGUUGGUCUGAUGGACUAUAAUAUGCCUUAAUAUGCAGACUGAUAGAAUGAUCUUCAGCAGACCGUUUAUGUAAUUUUAGAGCUAACAUGUCAGGUCUUUUCACCUUUCAAGGGAAUGAGGCUUGAUUUCCUUCAAUUGUACACCACAUGUUUAAAUAACAUUGACCUGCUAUUUUCUUAAUCAUAUGUUUAGUUUAUGGAAGGACACUCAUAAAGGAGAGACAGAUCAUGUAGAAUGGCUGUAAAACAUCUAAGCAAGUAAUCUUGUUGGAUUUCUCAAUGGGUUAGCUGUGUUGGAUGUUUACUAAUAAAUGCUUAUUUGCAUGCUCAA